CGUAUUCUAGAUUUGUGGAACUGGUCACGUAGAUAAACUUCUACAGUGAUGUCACUUAAUUGCCCAAAAAAAUUCAGCGAAAAUGAGCUUUCAUCGAUGCGCAGGGAAUUAUCUGUUCUACUUGAAGGAAUGCGAGAGGAUGUGGAUUAUGAAACGUUUCCUCCAGUCCCGCCAUGGUUUGACGCGGAGAAGUUCAACAAAGGCAGAAGAUUCUUCUUGGACAACAGUUUCUCAAUCAUGUUCUCCCACUUCACCUUCCUGCUAAUUGGCAUGACUGUCCAGCGUUUUGUUCGCGUUCUGGUCCUCACUGGCCGAUCUUCCACCCCUGAUUCAGCAUUCAAACGUUACAUGAAAACAGCCAUGUUUCUUGAGAAGUGGUACCGAGGCGAGGAUUUCUGGGAUGAAACAAGUGCGGCACAUGCCACGCUUGUCGCUGUGAGACGGUACCACAGACUGGCGAACGAGUUGGUGUCGCGCAAGAAGCCCGUUGAAAUGAACGCCAAGGCGCCUGUAGAAGGGGACGAGUACUCGGCUGCAGCGCAGGAAACCCUUGACCGAAUCUUGCGUGACAUCCGCCAUUUGCCACUGGUGGACGAGGAAUUCUCGAACCGGUUGUUGAAAAAGGAUGCCUCCGUGUGGCGAGAGUUUCCUAUUGUGAGUCAGUUUGACUUGAGCCUCACCUUGCUGGGAUUCACUGGUGGAAUUCUGCUGUGUCCAGAAUACUUCGGCAUCCCGCUGCAGUCUGACAUGGAUCAUGAAGGCCUGGAUGGCUUCGUGUUCUUUUGGCGGACGGUGGCAUACUGUUUGGGGGUUUCGGACGAGUACAACAUUUGCCGGGAUUCCUUUAGAGCCGCACGUGUGUCGGCUGUGGCAAUGACCGAACUUUAUGUUCGGCCCUUGCUCAAACGGUGCAAGAUUGACUCUUUGUACAUGGCGGAUGCGAUCGGAUUGGGUCACCAGAAGAACCUGUCGCGAUUUUUCCCGUCUGCGAGGGUCAUGCUCUGUUUUGGAGGGAAUUGCCCGGGUGUGAACGUCGACCUGGUUCAGGUUCGGAAGUCUUUCACGUGGAACGAAGCGUUCCAAUAUUACUACUUGGUUUUUGUGUUCAAGUAUGUGAUGCGGUUUAAAUUGACGAGAUGGAUGUUGCAGAAAACAUUUAGUCUUGCUGGUGCGCUGUAUCGUUCGUUUAGCGGAAGAUGAAAAUUUACUUGAUGGUUUUCUCAAAUGUUCUGUGAUGAAUGUUAGUCGGCAUCAUGCGUUUAAGGAAUUCUGGAUUUAAUUUUACUUCGUCAUCGAAAUCGGAAUACUGUAUAUCUCCGCAUUCGUAAUUAUCGCAUAUUUUCUUGGGUAGAUGUCGCUCUGGUCGGAAGAUCAUGACUUUUCUGUGUCGUAUUUUUUUUUCUAUGUUCCAUUACGAAGUUAUAUAUACUGUACAAUCAAGGGAUGCGGUUUACCUUUAUCGAAAUGAGCGUUGAAAAAAAAUUUCCAGUCUCGUUGUAAUGCAGCAUCAUCUACUUCAGUUUUCAUAAAUGACGAUAAAAAAAAACGGUAUACUGUAGAUAAUUUCUCUAGGUUUAUUUUCAAUCAUGCGUGCUUGUGCGUCACUCUGAGAAAUUUUGGUCUUGGUUUCUUAUCCUCUCUGAUGAAUUUACAGUAUUUCUCCGCAUUCGUAUAAAAUAUCGCGUUUGUAGAACAAAAGGUGGUAUUUUGUAUGUGUCCUUCGACUCUGUUCUUGGGUAGAAGUCGCGCUUGCAGAGGAAGAUCCUGACUUUCUGUGAAGCAUUUUCUUAUCACCAUCAAGUUUAAUUAUGAAGUUGUAUUCAGUAGCGUAAUAAUCGAGUGUUACCGUUUAAAUUUAUGAAAUGAAUGCUCUAGAAAAAUCUUAAUUUUCUCUAAUGCUGUAUAUGCUACAGUAUUAAGUUGUAUGAAAGUAUGGAAGAUGCUUGAUAAAAUACAAUAAUUUGUAUUCCUUAGUUUUCACGCGUCACUCUGAUGAAUAACCUAUUAACACGCUUUAUCCUCUAGGAUUCGUUUAUUUCUUCUCAUUCGUACAAAAAAUUAUUUUAAAAGAAAAAAAUAGCCUUUGUCUUGUUUUUGAUCUUGGGUAUAGAUGUCGUUCGUGCUAGAAGAUUAAGUCUUCCUGUGUUGCAUUUCCUCCUCAAGGUUCAUAAUGUAAUUAUAUAAUCGAGCAUCCUUGAAGUGGUCCAGAAUUUCUCCGUCACCGGUUUCGGACGCAGCUGACAC